AUGAUGCAAGUUUCUUUGGGAAAGCAGCUCAUGCAGAUUCCAACUCAAGGUGGCGGCACUGUGACUUUCCCUUACUCAAUGAAUGCUAAUGGUUGGGAAGACUGGCUAUUUUGUUACGUCAAUGUCUAUCUUAUUCCAUGCCCUGCUGGUAUGACAAAUGUCAAACUUCAAGCUGACUGGCACUAUGCUAGUGAAAAUGAAGACUUGCCAGAUCUUGCUACUGAAGAAGAUCAAGGUAUGCCGUUCAUUCAAAGCCCCAGAAGAGAAAAGAAUCCAUUUGGGUUGUACAAUCAUGUCAUCAUGGACAGUGGUUGCACAAACACCACCAUUUGUAAUGGUGAGCUCAUGCAUGGACUCCGUCAUGCUGAGAAAGAACUUGACAUGCAAAGUAACGUGGGUAGCAGAUUUCUCGACAAAGAAGGUUUUCUAGGAAGAUUUCCACCUCCAGUUUAUCAUGAUGAAGAUGGAAUUGCCAAUGUACUUGCUAUGCGCGAGAUGAUUGCUGCGGGAUACCGCAUUACUAUGGACACUGAUGCUGACAAUGCCUUUAUUGUGCAUUGUGAUAGAAACAGAAAGAUGCGAUUUGUGAAUCGUAUGGAUGUGUAUGUGUUGGAGCAACUUGGAGCAAAUGUCAAACCAGGUGCCAAAGAGACAAGUGUGAUUUGA